AUGCAGACUGAUGCCUCUACUCGAAAAGAUUCCGCCAACACAUCUCCCGAGUCCCUGGCCAUCACCAACAGCUCCCUCGACAUUGCCAUUAUCGGCGGCGGAAUCGCAGGCCUCGCCACAGCUCUCUCCAUAUCCAAACGACAACCUUCUACCCACAGAAUCACCAUCUACGAAUCCCACCCACUCAGCGAAGUUGGAGCCGGAAUCCAAUUAUUCUCCAAUGCGACCAGAAUACUACAGCAACUGGGUUUGGAAGAUGCGUUCAGAGAGGUGGUGAAUCAGCCUAAUAUUAUGGAAAUAAGGAGGUAUGAGGACGAUGAGGUGAUAGGUGCGUUGCCGCAGAAUCCACAGAAUGAAUGGGAAUAUGGCAGUCCGCACUGGCAGGUUUACAGGCCUGAUUUCCAAAGGUACGGUCUCCCCCUCUCUCUCACUGAUAGAAAGACUAUCCUGUCUGACAUUUCAAUCUAGGUUGUUGGCAGAAGCGUGCUAUCGCGAGGGACCCUCAAAGAUCCGAUUCGUCUUCAACGCCCGUGUGAAAUCUCUCUCCCUCGAGACCAGCACUAUCCACUUCUCCGACGACUCGUCCGUCUCCGCGGAUCUCAUCAUCGCCGCCGGCGGCUUACGAGGUAAAAGCCGCAAUGCCAUUCCAGAAAACAGAGAUGUGCUCGCGGAGGCUUUCCCUGAAUUCUGCUUCCGCGCUGCGAUUCCUAAAUCCAGCAUGCUGCAACAUCCAGAAACGGCAGAGCUCAUGAAACCUGGCGGCCUGAACAUGAUCUGGUGUGGUCCUGGCGCUUGCGUACUAGGAUAUCCGAUGGCAGCUGGGGAAUUGUAUAAUGUCGUUCUCUCGGUGCCGAGACCGCCGGACGCAGAGGCUGUUGGAAACUGGUCUCAGAAAGGAGAUCCGGCUGAAGGAGCUGCGAUUCUGGAGCCCUUUUGUGAAAGAGUCCGGAGGUAAGCCAUCCCUUGUUUUCUCUCUCUCGUCUCGAACCAAUCCAUCGGUCUUCCAACUGCUGCUUUGUUUUGCAAUUGCCAACUGAUCUUGCCAGGUUAUGGAGUCUGGUGGACAACUGCAACAAAUGGCAACUAGGACGUCUCCCGCCUCUCCCAACUUUCACUUCCCAGCAAGGCAAUUUAGUCAUAAUCGGCGACGCAGCGCAUGCCAUUUUACCGCAUUCAGGGCAGGGAGGCGCCAUGGCUCUCGAAGAUGCCGUCUCACUUUCCACCGUGCUCGCCUCUGCAACAUCGAAGAAAGAUCUUCCAGCUGCCAUGCAGAUAUUCAACACCCUUCGUCAAGACCGCCUGUCCUUCAUCAGACGCUACGCGGCCGCAAACCAGCAAUUCCUCACGAUGCCAGAUGGACCGGAGCAACUCAAGCGAGACGCCAUGUGGAAGGGCAUGACGGAGGCUUGGCGGAAAGAAUUCCAAGAGCUCGGGGAGGAAGGUGUGAGGAGGAAGAAGCAGGCGUUGAAGGAGAACGUGGUGCCUGAUUCGGAAAGUGAAGAUUUGAGGAGUCCGGAGACGAGGAUGUGUGUUUUUGGAUAUGAUGCUGUUGAGGAGGCGAGGAAGGCGUUGGCACAGGCUGGUGUUUGA